AAUUUAUAAACAGUUCAGUCGAUCUGGAGCUGGCAUACACUUCAUACGACGCCUUUUCGGAAAGUAGUAUCCAAAUUAAAGCGUUUAAUAUAUAAUAAAAUGAGAAAUUUAAAAUUUUUGGUCCCUAUCUCGCAAAUAGUUCGUCCCACUCGCAUGCUGAGUGUUGACAGGGUAAACGCUCUUUUGUUAAAUGUACCAAGAGUUCAGCUUGUCGGGAAAAAUCAAUAUCUUUUAUUGCUGAUCUAUAUUCAUGGUCAAACAAGAUUCGGCAGGACCAUCGUCCGCGGAGACGCAGAUAAAAGCCAUGAGGAAAUUUUUGAGGAAACUAAAAAUAAAAUGAAUGAGAUUGGCAUAUGCACAAAUUCCCUUGGAGGCGGCUUUAUAGAAAACACGGAGAAGAAGAAGCAGAUACAGAUCUAUGGAUGCUGCAAGACAUUUGGAGAAGCGCCUCAUGGCAGGACUAAGGACAUUUUGCUUUCGUGGACCAAAUAUCAAAACUAUAAUAUCAUCUUGCCUAAAAACCAAGAUUAAAAUUUGAAUAAACCACAGAAACGAC